AGUAAUCGACUCUCAUCCUGAACCAUUUCAAAGCCAUCUCCUCCGAUCUGGAACCGACGAUUCCUCCAUGGACGACGUUUGCUCCGGAUUUCGAGUUUUGUAGACGAUAGAUUCAGCCGUGUAGAAUCACCGGAAUCCAUCUUUCGUAUUCGGAAACCGGAUAUUCCUUAAUGGAGGACGCCUACGCCAGAUCCGUUACAGAGGUCUUGGAUUUCUUCGGGGUAGAUCCAGCGAAAGGUCUCACUGAUUCUCAGGUUAUACAGCAUUCAAGGCUUUACGGGAAAAAUGUGCUCCCUGAAGAAAAAAGGACCCCCUUCUGGAAACUGGUUUUGAAACAAUUUGAUGAUUUGCUUGUGAAGAUAUUGAUUGCUGCUGCCUUUGUUUCUUUUAUUUUGGCACUGAUCAAUGGUGAAACUGGCUUAAUAGCAUUCUUGGAGCCUUCCGUCAUCCUGUUGAUAUUGGCUGCCAAUGCUGCAGUAGGAGUAAUUACAGAGACAAAUGCUGAGAAAGCUCUUGAGGAGCUACGAGCAUAUCAAGCUGAUGUUGCGACUGUGCUUCGAAAUGGUUGCUUCUCUAUACUUCCAGCAACAGAUCUGGUCCCAGGAGAUAUAGUUGAAGUUGCCGUGGGAUGCAAGAUUCCGGCUGAUAUGAGAAUGAUUGAGAUGCUAAGUGAUCAGUUACGUGUUGAUCAAGCAAUUCUUACAGGUGAGAGUUGCUCUGUUGACAAAGAGAUUAAGUCCACUACGGCAACAAAUGCGGUGUACCAAGACAAGACAAAUAUUCUUUUCUCGGGUACUGUUGUUGUUGCUGGUAGAGCAAGAGCUAUUGUUGUUGGAGUUGGUACUAACACUGCCAUGGGUAGCAUACGUGAUUCUAUGUUGAGAACAGAUGAUGAAGCGACUCCCUUGAAAAAGAAACUGGAUGAGUUUGGUACCUUUUUGGCUAAGGUUAUUGCAGGAAUUUGUGUACUGGUGUGGAUUGUAAAUAUCGGUCAUUUUCGUGACCCUUCUCAUGGUGGCUUCUUGCGUGGUGCAAUUCAUUACUUUAAGAUUGCAGUUGCUCUUGCAGUUGCAGCAAUUCCAGAAGGGCUUCCUGCUGUUGUUACUACGUGUUUGGCCCUUGGAACAAAGCGAAUGGCUAGGUUGAAUGCUAUAGUUCGAUCAUUGCCAUCUGUAGAGACUUUAGGUUGCACCACAGUGAUUUGCAGUGACAAGACUGGAACUCUUACAACAAAUAUGAUGUCUGUUUCAAAGAUAUGUGUGGUUAAUUCUACACAACGCGGUCCUCUGAUUGCUGAGUAUGGUCUAAGUGGGACGACAUAUGCACCAGAUGGCAUUAUUUUUGACAGUAGUGGGAUACAGCUUGAGUUUCCUGCUCGGUUGCCUUGUCUUCUUCACAUAGCAAUGUGUUCAGCUUUAUGCAAUGAGUCUGUCUUACAGUAUAACCCAGAUAAGGGGACCUACGAAAAAAUUGGGGAGUCAACUGAAGUGGCUCUCCGUGUGUUAGCAGAAAAGGUUGGUCUUCCUGGCUUUGAUUCUAUGCCAUCUGCUUUGAACAUGUUGAGCAAGCUUGAGAGAGCUUCUUACUGUAAUCACUACUGGGAAAGUCAAUUUAAAAAGGUUUCUGUUUUGGAAUUUUCUCGUGAUCGUAAGAUGAUGAGUGUCCUUUGUAGCCAUAGGCAGAUGGAGAUAAUGUUUUCAAAAGGUGCUCCAGAGAGUAUCAUCUCCAGGUGCACAAAUAUCCUCUGCAAUGAUGAUGGUUCCACUAUUCCUUUGACAGCUAGUGUCAGAGCAGAAGUAGAGUCAAGGUUCCACAGUUUUGCAGGGAAAGAAACAUUGAGAUGCCUGGCUCUAGCCUUAAAGAUAAUGCCCUUGGGUCAACAUACCAUAUCCUUGGAGGAUGAGAAAGACCUUACAUUUAUUGGGUUGGUUGGAAUGCUUGAUCCACCAAGAGAGGAGGUCAGAAAUGCUAUGUUUGCUUGCAUGACUGCUGGUAUACGUGUUAUAGUUGUUACUGGUGAUAACAAGUCUACAGCUGAAUCACUUUGCCGUAAGAUUGGUGCUUUUGAUCACUUGGUAGAUUUUGUUGGUCAUUCAUAUACCGCUUCUGAAUUUGAAGAACUUCCAGCUUUGCAACAAACACUGGCAUUGCAACGUAUGGCACUAUUCACUAGGGUUGAGCCUUCUCAUAAAAGAAUGCUGGUCGAGGCCUUACAAAACCAGAAUGAAGUGGUUGCCAUGACUGGUGAUGGUGUCAAUGAUGCACCUGCAUUAAAGAAAGCAGACAUAGGCAUUGCAAUGGGAUCUGGGACAGCAGUUGCAAAGAGUGCUUCAGAUAUGGUUUUAGCAGAUGACAAUUUUGCUACUAUUGUCGCAGCUGUUGCAGAAGGAAGGGCUAUAUACAACAAUACAAAGCAAUUCAUCAGAUACAUGAUCUCUUCAAAUAUUGGUGAAGUAGUUUGUAUUUUUGUGGCAGCUGUACUAGGAAUACCUGAUACCCUGGCUCCUGUCCAGCUGCUAUGGGUCAACUUGGUCACUGAUGGAUUGCCUGCCACUGCCAUUGGGUUUAACAAGCAAGAUUCUGAUGUAAUGAGGGCCAAACCUCGUAAGGUUGGGGAGGCUGUGGUCACUGGAUGGUUAUUCUUUCGCUAUUUAGUAAUUGGAGCUUAUGUCGGACUCGCCACUGUUGCAGGGUUCAUAUGGUGGUUUGUGUAUUCUGAAAGUGGUCCCAAACUACCAUAUGUUGAAUUGAUGAAUUUUGAUACUUGCCCAACGAGGGAGACAGCCUACCCAUGCAGUAUAUUUGAUGAUCGGCGUCCAUCAACUGUGGCCAUGACUGUUCUUGUAGUUGUUGAAAUGUUUAAUGCUGUCAACAACCUCAGUGAAAAUCAGUCUCUCUUGGUUAUUCCUCCCUGGAGUAAUUUGUGGCUGGUUGCCUCUAUUAUCCUGACAAUGUUUCUUCACAUUCUAAUAUUGUAUGUCAGUCCACUGUCCAUUCUUUUCUCAGUAACACCAUUGUCUUGGACUGAGUGGACUGUUGUACUGUAUCUUUCAUUCCCUGUCAUAAUUAUUGAUGAAGUGCUGAAGUUUUUCUCAAGAAACUCUCGUGGCAUGAGGUUCAAUUUCAGAUUCAGGAGACCUGAUACACUGCCGAAAAAGGAAUUACAUGACUAGUGAUGAAAAUUUUAUUUUCCACAACCCAAAUUUCAUACAUACUAUUUAAGUUGACACGAAGCAUAGAGGAACAUGGUUUCUCCUGUACGUGUGUACUUUGCACAACAAAGAUACAAAUCAGGGGCAACUUCACUGGGUUGUAAGUAUAGUUCGAUCUUGCAGUUAAUUUCCAGAAUUAACAUCAGAUAGUGAGGAAAUGGGUUGACGGUAACCUGUUUAUGACAUGUUUUUA